AUGGAUGACGCCUACGCCCUGCAUGUGGAGCUGCAGCAGCAGCAGCAGCGGUGGCAGCAGCAGCUGGAGGCGCUGCGACUGGAGAAAGAAGAGCUGCUGCGCUGCAUGCAGCAGCGUGAAAGCACCUUUGCUGCAGAGCGCAUGCAACAGCAAAAGGAGCAGCAGCAACUGCAGCAGCAACUGGCCGACGCGCAGCAGCAGCAAGAGCAGCAGCGACAAGCCCACGCGGUGCUGCAGGACGCUAUACACCAGGCGGAAGCUGCGCAGCAGCAGCUGCAGCAGCAACUGCAGCAGCAACUGCAGCAGCUUGAGCGGGAGAAGGAGAAACAGCAGCAACAGCAAACGGAGCUGCAGCAAGAACAACAGCAGCAGCAGGUCGAGCUGCAGCAGAAGUUCACCGAGCUGGAGCAACGCGCUGCAGCGCAGCAGCAGCAAGCGGAGGAGAAGCAGACAGAGCUGCAGCAACAACUGGUAUUGAAGCAGCAGCAGGUUGAGCAGCAGGAGCAGCAUAUGGAAGAGCUGAAGGAACAGGUGCAGCAGCAGCAGCAGCAGCUAGAGCAGCAACACCAGCUGAUUGAGGCGCAGCAAACCUUAAUAGAAGACCAGAGGGAGCAGAUAGCAGCGCAGCAGCAGCAGCUCGAUGAGCUGCAGCACCUAGUAGAGACACAAGAAAGCUGCGCUGCCCAGGUGAAUGAACUGAAGCAGCAGCUAGAACAGGAGCAGCAGCAGCAGCAAAUACUGCAGCAGCAGCUUCAGCAGCAGCAACAGCAGCAGCAACAGCACCAGCAGCAGCAGCAGCAUCAACAGUCGCAUGCAAGCCGUAUGGAAGCUGAACUACGGGAUCGUCUGCUGCAGCAAAAGGAACGCCUCCUCGAUCAGCAGCAGCAGGAGCAGCAAGAGCAGCUGCGGACCCUUCACGCCAAAGAGCGCGAGCUUCAGUUGAGGGAGAAACAGCUGAACAAGCAGCAGCAGCAGCGGCGACAGCAGCAGCAGCAGCAGCAGCGGGAGCCCAGCGACGAUAAAGAUAUAGCGGAGUUAGUAGAUGACGAAGACCUGCAGCAGAAAGAUGCAGCGAUGCGGGAAGUGCAGCAGCAGCAGCAUUUGCUACAGGAGCAGCAGCUGCAGCAGCAGCAGCUCCAACAGCAGCAGAGGGAACAGCAGCUACGGCAGCAACAGCUGCAGCUGCAGCAGGAGAAGCUUGACAAACAGCGGGAACAGCUGCUGAAGCAGCAGCAAGAGCAGCAGCAAAGGGAACAACAGCUGCAGGAGACGCAGCAGGAGCUGCAGCAGCAGCAGCAGCAGCACGAGGAAGAGAUACAGAAGCUAGAGCAGAGAUUGCAGUCUCUGCUGAGGGAGCAGGAGCAGCAACAGGGGCUUGAGCAGGAGCGGGAGCAGCUGCAGCAGGAGCGGCGGAUGCUGCAGCAGCAGCGCGAGAAGCUGCAGCAGCUCGAUGCAGAACUGACAGAGCAGCAGGAGCAUCUGUCGAGAGAGCGCAUGCAGCUGCAAGCCGUUGCGGAGCAGCAGCAGGAACACUUCAAGAUGCUGCAGCAGCAGCUGCAGCAGCAGCAAGAGCAGCAAGUACUCCUGCAAGAGCAGCAAGAGCUGCAGCAGCAGCAGCAGCAAGUACUCGUACAAAGGGAACGGAAAGUACUGCUCCAUAGAGAGCUGAGGAUGGUCGCGAGGAUGCAGCAGAAGCAGCGCAGGAGCGGGAGACGCAGCAGCCGUAGGAGCUGCAGCAGCAGCAGCAACCGCAGCAGCUUCAGCAGCAACAGCAGCAGUUGCAGCGAAGGGGCAGAACCCGAUGAGCGGAAACUUGAAAGCUACAAGAAGCAGCAGCAGCAACUGGUGCAGCAAAUGCAGCAGCAGCAGCAGCUGCUGGAGCAGCAGGAGGAGGUGCUGCAGCGACAGCAGCAGCAGCUUCUCGAGCUUCGCAACGAGAAGGCGCUGCUGCAGGAACAGCUGCAGGGCCAGUCAGAGACUCAUACAGGCCUCGAGGAUGACCAGCACCAGGUUCGAUCAGCCGAGUCCAGCAGCAGCAGCAGCAGCAGCAGCAGCAGCAGCAGCAGCAGCAGCAGCAAGCAGGAGUUGCUGCAGCAAGUGCUGCUGCUGCAGCGUGAGGUUGAGAGUCUGGACAAGAUUCAGCGGGAAUACGCAGCAGAAAAUCGGCUCAAGGAGCAGCAAGAACAGCAGCAGACGCAGCAGCAGCGAGAUCAGCAGCAGCAGCAACGCCUCGAAUUCCUCCUCUCGUCAAAGCAAGAUGAGCUGCAGCAGCUGCAGCAGAUACACAGGCAGCAGCGGCUCAGGCUAGAGGCUGCGGAGCAUGACAACUCGCUGUUGCAUGAAGAGCUGGAGAUGCGGUCUCGGCUGGCUUCUGCGGCCCUUGCUGAAGCGGAGCAACAGCUGCGGCAGCAGCAGCAGCAGCAGCAGGAAAGCCCUUCGCAGCCUAGUGCACAGCGGGAAUCUCGGGAAUCUCAGCAGCAGCAGCAGCAGCAGCAGCAGCAGCACCUGCUGCAGCAGCAGAGUGCAGCAGUGGCGAAAGAGCUCGAGGACCUUCACGAGCUCGUGAUUUGCGCGGAGGCGAAGGCAGCUGAGGAGCGCAUGCAGCUGGAGGAGGAGUUGCGGCGCCAGCGGCAGCACUUUGAAGAAGUCAUCUCGGCUAAGGACGCAGAGCUCCAGAAGCUGAUGCAGUCUGUGGGGCGAGUUGCUGGGGAUACUGAGGGCGGCGAAGGAGACAUGAGCACCAGCAGCAGCAGGUCUUCGGCGCUGCAGCAGCACGAUGGUCUUCCGCGGCUGCGGGAUGCAAACCCAGCAGCAGCAGCAGCAUCAGCAGCAGCGAGAGAGACAUCAGCAGCAGAGGGGGAGGCUUCUGAGGUGAACGACGACAGGGAGGAGUUGCUGCAGAGGUUGAAGCAGCUGUCGUGUGCUGCAGCAACAAAGGAGCGGCUGCUCCAGGGGCGCAUAAAGUCGCUGGAGCAGCAAGUGGCAGCACAGCGCGCGUACUACCAGGCACGGCUGAGGCCUCUUAGCGGCGGCUCUUCUUCCGCCAAGGCUGCUAGCAGCACCAACAAGAGCAGCCGCGACAGCAGCAACGCAGCGAGGAGCAGCAGCAGAAGCAGGAGCAACAGCAGCAGCAGCAGCAGCAGCAGCAAAAUGCUGCUGCCGGCAGGAGGUCCGCUCUUCCCUCUGCUGCACCGCGAGAACUCCGCCUUGGGCACUCUCUUUACCUUCUGGCAGCUGUGCGAGCUGACGUUUUCAGACUACCUGCAGCAGCAGCAGCAGCAGCAGCAGGAGCAGCAACAAGAGCAGCAGCAGGAGCAGCAGCAGGAGCAACAACUCCGGACUCUUGUCUCGCUCGUCUUUCCUUCUGCUUUCCAUGGGAGCCAGCGAGUCGGCUAUAAGGACUUCGAAGCAGCACUGCAGCGCGUGGGCUGCGCGGCGCGGCGUUGCGACUCUAUCAGCGCCUGGCUGCUGCUGUCUGGCGCACAGCAGCAGCAGCAGCAGCAGCAGCAGGUGCUGCUGCAGCUGCAACAGAGGGACGAGCUGCUGGAGCAACGCAGAGAAGUUGCAGCAACUAACGCAUACAUCGAUGGAUCUACCCUUCUACGCCGGGCAAAGCAAACCGACCCAACUUUCCUCUUCUUUCACUACGCGUCAUUGUUGAAGCGGCUGCAGCAUCAGCAAGAGAAGAAAAAACGAUUAAAGGAGACAGCGCAGCAGCUGCAGCAGCAACUGCUGCAGGCACAGCAGCAGUUGCAGCAGUUCCAACAGCAAGCUGCUGCUCAGCAGCAGCCUAGCCUUGUGAUGCAGCAGCCACAGGCGCUGCAACAGCAGGUUCAGCUGCAGCAGCAGCAGGCGCUGCAACACCAGGCAGUAGCAGCAGCAGCAGCAGCAGCUGCUGCUGCUGCUGCACCGCCAAACGUUCAAAAGCCAUGGCUUGAGGAAGCCAUUGUGCCUACGAAUGCAGUGCGGCAGCUGGAGCAGCAGCAGAUCCUUGCAGCUCCCGCUUGGUCGCCCCGUCCUGAUGUGUACAUACAGCUGCUGCAGCAGGCCAAUGCUGCGCUGCAGCAGCAGCAGCAGCUUCUACAGGAGAACUGCGCACUUAAGCAGCAGCUCGCCUCGUGCAGCAGCAGCCAGGCAGCAGUGCCGAGCGGCCGGCAGCAGAAUGUGCAAGAAGCGCAACAACGCGUGCUGGCGCUGCAGCAGCUCUUAGCGGAUCUGCUGCGGCGUCUAAAGGAGAAGCAGAAGGUCCAGCAACUACAAGCAGGCACUGCAGCGCAGCCGCUGCAGGACCCUUGA